AUGCCGUGGACUAUUGUAUGUUUUGAAGAGGAAAACUGCGUCGAAAUAGUGCCUGAUUAUUGGUUUAAAAAUGGUUGUUGUGCGUGGCCAAAAAAGAGUAUAAAAAAUUAUAAAAAAUUUGUUGAUCGCCAUAUUGAACCUAAUGAUAUAGAUUUUGACUAUUUCAAGGCAAGGUCCAUGUCUCACAAUAUUGUUAGUUUACAUGAUGCACGGGCAAAACUAAAAAUUGCUGAAGAAACAUCAGAAUUAUCUACUUUUGAAAAUGAAAAGUCAACUCGAAGUGAACGGCACCGUCAACCUGAUUACUCUUAUAACAUUAAACAUAAAGAAAAAACUAAGAUGCCAAAGCAGUCAAGAAAUAGAAAUUUUAAUGAUUCUGAAGGAAUUUCUAUUGAAGAUCCUCCUGUACUCAACAGUAAAGACGGUGAUGUAUUAGAUGAUGAUAAUGUAUUAAAUUCUCCAUCAGGGAAAUGGAAUGUAUCUAAAAUAGAUAAUAAUACCAUGAUAGUUGGAACCAGUAAAAAAAGACUUGAUUUUACUAAUACACAUACACCCAAAUCAUCAAUUAAAAAAUCACCAAAUUAUUCGCCAAGUCUAAGAAAACUAAAAAAAGUUCCAUCUAACUCAACAUCAGACUUUGAAAUUAUUACAAAUGAAGAGAGACGAGACGGAAACUCCAAAUCACUAUUAUCUUUGCCUAAUAGUAAUAGUAAAAAAAUUAGAAAUAACGGAUACUUUGAAUCACAUUUGUCAUCUCUCACAGGUGAAAAUAAUAUGAAUAAAAAUGACUCAAAUUCUGAAACAGGAAACAAUUACUCGACACUUAUAGGUACUAUAAGAAGUAUUAGAAAAUAUAACAAUUGUCCAGAGAUAGAUGUAUUGAAGCCAAUGAAAGUGUAUAUGGCUAAUGCUAAAAGCCGGGAAGAUGGAAAACAAAAAAAAAUCAAUGACAAUCAGGAACCGCAAUUAUCUACAUAA